AGUCGUUGCGUAGUGCUAUCAAAUUAUCUGUAUAUCUCAACAAUUAUUAUUAGGGAUAUAAGAUUAUUUUCAUUAUAUUUAAGUUGCUUAUAUAUAUUCCUAUUGAUACAAUUCAUCAUGUAUUUCACCGUAAUAUUAAUUAUUAUUCUAUCAAUUUUAUUUGGACUAUACUAUGGAAUAGCAGAAUACUUUUUAAAUAAAUUACAUAUGCUUAAUAUUAUCAACGGCAUUCCUGGACCAAAAGCAUUUCCUAUAAUAGGAAAUGCUCAUCUGUUUAUUGGCGACACAACAGCUAUAUUUAAACAAAUAAUAAAUCUUGGUAAAAAUUAUCAAUUAUUGUGGCGUGUAUGGAUAGGCGCGAAAUUAUUUGUAAUAGUGGAAAAUCCUGAAUAUAUCAGGACUGUACUCAAUAAUCCAAAUAUUACUGAUAAGAGCGAGGAAUAUGAAAUAUUUAAACCUGUUGUGGGCAAUGGAUUGUUAACUGCUUCAGCAUCAGUAUGGGAUUCACAUCGAAAAGUUUUAAAUAAAAUGUUCCUUAUGAAAAAUAUAAAGUCACAUAUAGAUGUAUUUAUUAAUCAUUCUAUCGCAUUAAUGGAAAAAUUGGAAACUUUUGUUGGAGGAGAAUUAGACAUUUUUGAUUAUGUCUUUCGCUGUACUUUGGAUAUAAUAUAUGAUGUCACGCUGGAUACGCAACUAAAUUCGCUGACAAAUCCAGACUGUAAAUUAGCUGAAUCAAUAAAAUGUGGGAUGGAUAUAGCAACAAAAAGAAUCUAAAUUAUGGUUACAUCCGAACAUAAUUUUUUAUAACACUGCUAUUGGAAAGAAAUUUCAGACGUGCGUGGCUUAUCUGGAUAACGUAACA